AUGUUAACCACCCAUGUUAAGGACGACGGUCUCAAAUGUGUCAAGGACAUUUCACCCGACUUUGACAUCACCAAGGUGGAUAAAUUGGAGUUCGGUAUUGAAAACCUCGAAAAACGGUGCUGCUCAUUUUCCGUAGCCUACGACUGUCUCGUGAAAAAUGGCAAGGCCAAGUGCCCGGCUGAAGGUGAUGAUAAAUAUUCAGAUUUGGAAACCAUACUGAAUAAUUACAUAUUGUGCCGUACUUUCAUUAUCGUAUUUGUCGGCGAUUCACUCACACAGGGAUGGCUACUGUUUGGACAGUAUGUUUGGGCCAAACACUACGUACCCAGAAAUGCGAACAAUUGCGAACAUAAGGGGGGGAGGGGGUUAAGAUUUCCCAAAAAGUGCGAACUUAGUCGGAUACAAUCUGUUGAGCAAUGGGUCCAUAGUUUGCUGCCACACCUCAUACCCCAACUCAUUGAGGUGUACGCCGUCCGGGGUAUACAGGUUUGUGUCCUGUUUGUGGUCACUAUUGAGAAGGUGUGA